CUCCUUGCUGAUUGUCCUGAGGUUUCUGUGGGUCCUGACCUUGAGUUUAUCACGGUUCCUCUGGAAGGUGCCUCCAUCAGCACUUCCCCAAAUUAAGCACUUUGUGCUACCCUCCAGGUCACUAAUGAAGCCAUGAGGUGACAUGAACCCCAACAGGUUCCUUGUUGAUUACCAGCUGUCAGCUGGACCCCAGGCCACUUGUUUCUGCCCUCUGAGCUCAGUGGUCAGGCUGGUUUCCAGCAGGUUUGACUGUGUUUGCCCAGCCCUCACUCCAGUGUGCUCACAGGAGUGAUGUCAAAAACCUCACUGAAGUCCAGGCAGUUCACAUCUGCUGCUUUCCACAUUCCCCACAGCCUCUUGUCUCAGCCCAGAGGGCAGCUGUAAUUGUCAUCCUGUGACUGAUUAAGAUUCCUGGCUCUUUCUCCUCUUAUGUUAUUUCCAACCGAGGAGCUCAUAAUUUUCUGCUAUUAAUCCCAAAGAGCGUGACCUUGUAUUUCGCAGCACUGAAUUUCAACCCCUUUCUACUAUUCCAGUCCUCAAGGCUGGCAGCUUUUCAUCUUCUCUAGAAUACUAUGAUCCUUCCCUGUAUUUUAAAUGACUCUCAACUUUGAUGGCAAGUUGACUCAGAAUAGGGAGUUUGAGAAAUUACAGCAUGAAAGGAAGUAGACUUGGCAUGGACUUGGCUCCAGGGUAGUAGUGUUCUGUGUUGAGCUACAGAAGGAUUUUUAGUGAAAAAUUUUUUCUUCCUUGCAAUCCCCAGUGCAUGGGAAAAUCAUUUCCAAAAGGUAUAUAGGGAGUGAAGGGAGUGUGACCUAGAAAAACUAGUAAGAUGCAUGUGUCAAAUCCAGUUAAUUUUUUUUACUAAUCAUACUGAUCUAUAUAUAUAAAAUGCUGAACACUUAUCUUCCCUGUGCUUGGCCUUAAGCCACGUUCUCCAUCAAAGGCAAAGAGACCCUGCUGACACUUUCCUGGUGAGUAAAUCAGUCAUGAGAGCAACAUAUUUCUUCUCCAACAAACAUAUAGAAAGCCAUGUAUCUGAAACUGGGACUCCUGCGUUUUCCAGAGCUCAGCAUAUUCUCGAAACAAAGGUAUCCAGGCUCCAUCCUACUUUCUCCCUUGCCUGCCUGGCAAGCCCUCUGGUCUCAUCAUACUGCUUCUGUCCACCUUCAUCCUCUUUCCCAGGGCUUUUCCCAGGAGCACUGCAGUGAGUGGGGGCACAGGGCCUUUCACCCUGUCCCUGCACACCCACUUGUGCACUGGACCCUUCACAACUGCCCAUCCUUCCUGCAGACGUUUCCUCUCUUACCAAAUGUGAAUGAGGCAGUGCAGUAAUUUUAUGCAAAUCCAUGUGCAGAUUAAAAAAUUAAUCAAAUUCUGAAAUUUUCAUUUAAAGAGAUUAGUCUUGAAAAAUCCCCCAUCUAAUCCUCCCAGAAUAGACACUUGGAACAAGCCUUCCCCGCUUUGUUUCCCUCCUGGGUUCAGUGCAUCUCCUGGAAAAAUUUUCACGUAAUGCUUUUGGGACCAUGUGGAGCAGAGAGUUUGAGUUUCAAGCAGGGCUCACCAGGCAAAUUAAAGUUGAUAUAUCAAAUGAUAAAAGAGAUGUGUCAGUAAGUGGGAGCAGGGGAGUUUGAGGCAGUAAAAUCCCAGCUCUGUUGUACUUCGUAGGUGAACUCCCCUGGUGAUGCAAGAGAAAUGGGAGCACUGAGGCUCAGUGAGUGUAAUGUUAAUUUACGUACCAAGGGGCCAGAAGAAAGUCAUGCAGCAAGAAAAACGAGGAGCAAGAGACGCUGCUAAAACUUGCUGUGUCUGGGAGUUUACUGCUAUAAUCUGUCUUUUAGAGCUUGAGCUCAAAAUUAUCCUCAGGCAAUUGGGGUUUGAUCCAGUGCCAUCUCAAAUGUUUUCCAAGCCCCUCAGGGAUUUUAGAGUUGGCCCCGUACACGGUGGGCCAGCCACCAAUCCCUGCCACACCGGGGGAAAUCCAGAGACAUCCCAGUGACAUUAAAACUAACCUAACUUAGGCCCCCGAAUCUCUCAGCUGAAUUAGACAUUCUGGUGCAUGAAUAUUCAGCAUCCUCUGAUCUCGCAGCACCUGAAAUGCUCAGGAUGUGUCUGUGGUUGGGUUGGCCUGCAACAAGCUCAAUUACCCCAACUUCAAGAAAACCACAAGCCCAUGAUGCAAAUCCUUGAACAAACCCCCAGCCACGGCACCUGGAAUAGCUCAGCUCUGCCCAGUGAUGGCAGACUGGCCCCUAGAAAGGAAUAUUUUUCUGGCUUUCAAGCAGCUGCCAUGGAGUGAGGUGCUGGCUCAUUUUUCUCGCUGCAUGGGCAUGGCCAGCUCAUUUGUUCACUGUUUUCCUCCCCAGUGUGACUCCAAGUUUAUGGCUGAGGCUCUGCCCCACUAUGUCCAUGCUUUUGGUCUCCUGCCACCAUCCAAUUUACUUGGCUGCUUUACUACAUUUCUGCCCCUACUGCUGGAUUGUUUCUGUCUCCCUCUGACUUUGGCUCCUUGCCUGCAGAAUUGCCUUAAUUAAAAAGUUAAUAAAAGCUCCAGUAGGAGAGGAUUUCUCUUAAACAACUCACGCCUGCUGUGUCGUGUCUGGAGCUGGAGCUGAAUGGAGUCGCCAGGAGGGCACGUGUGACAGGAGCCACUGUUGCAGGUUGGAGGCUUCAGCUGUCCCAGCUCUGGAGGCCUUGCCAGUGCUGGCAGAGCGUGUACAAGCCCACCCCACAGUGCAGACUGGCUCAGCCUGGCCACCCUGUGCAGAAUGUCCCUACGAGAGCAUGCGCUGUCCCUCUUCCGCAGCGCGGUGGGCACCGUCCGCCCGGCCCCGAUGAUGAAGAGGGCUCUGAAACUCCAGGGGGAUAGGUGCCCUCAGCUGCUGGUGAAGGGCCAGGCCUUUCCAGUGAAGAGGGACCUGUACCUGGUGGGUUUUGGAAAAGCUGUGCUGGGGAUGGCUGCAGCAGCUGAAGAGAUCCUGGGAGACCACCUCGUCCGUGGUAUCAUCAGUGUACCACUCGGCAUCCAGGAGAGCCUGCAGCGAGCAGGAAUGCAGGAGAUGCUGCUGAAGCCACACAGCAAAAUCCAGGUCAUCGAGGGUGCCAAGAACAACCUCCCAGAUGCAGAGGCUCUGAAGGGAGCUGUUGCCAUACAGCAGCUGGCUGAGGGUCUGACUGCAGAUGACCUGCUCCUCGUGCUUAUCUCAGGGGGUGGAUCAGCCCUGCUGCCUGCUCCCAUCCCUCCCAUCCUCCUCGAAGAGAAGGAGAAGCUCACAAAGAUGCUGGCUUCCCGAGGAGCUGCCAUACAGGAGCUGAACAUUGUCCGGAAGACCCUGUCUGUGCUGAAGGGUGGAGGGCUGGCCCAGCUCGCAUAUCCCGCACAGGUGGUGAGUCUCAUCCUGUCUGAUGUGAUUGGUGACCCCCUGGAUAUCAUAGCAAGUGGGCCCACUGCUGCCAGCUCCCACAGUGUCCAAGACUGCCUUCAGGUACUUGCCAAAUACAACCUGCUGCACAACCUGCCCAAGUCAGUGGAAACGGUCCUCUCCAGCUCUCCCACCAAGCCCACUGCUCCAGAAAACUACUCCCAUGUUUCCAACAUCAUCAUUGGGUCAAAUACACUGGCUUUAGACGAGGCCAAACACCACGCUGAGGGCCUGGGCUAUGCAGCUCUGGUUCUGAGUGCAGCAAUCCGUGGGGAAGUCGGCCGUGUCUCCACGCUGUACUGCCAGCUGAUCCGGCUGGUCUGCCUGGGCCUCGCCGGCCACGCAGAAGAGCCCCUCGGUGAUGAGGUGAGGGGCCAUCUCCUGCAGCUGGCAGCAGAGCUGGAGAUCCCAGGUUUGGACCUCGCCAAGUUUCUACAGGCCCUGCGAGAAUUAGGGCCUGAAAGACCAGUCUGCAUCCUGGCUGGUGGAGAAACCACAGUCCAGCUUCAAGGAAGCGGCAAGGGAGGGAGGAACCAGGAGCUGGCCCUGCGCGUGGGGCUGGGGCUGCACAGGGCACAGGCCACGGAAGGCAGCAGCCCCCAAGGGAGGUGUGAGAUCAUCUUCUUCAGCGGGGGAACAGAUGGGCAGGAUGGGCCAACGGAGGCGGCAGGAGCCUUCUGCAGCCCAGGGCUGGUGGCUGAGGCGCUUCAGGAGGGCCUGGACGUGGAGGCCUUUCUUAGGAACAACGACUCCUACACCUUCUUCAGCCAGUUCCAAGGUGGGCAUCACCUCCUGGUGACAGGCUUGACGGGCACCAAUGUCAUGGACAUCCAGGCCAUUUUAAUUAGAGCCAUGGAGAGAUCAUGAGAGCUCCCUCUGUAGAUAUCCAGAUGCACUUAAUUAGAACCAGGAGUAAAUGAAAGCAUCAAUACUGCAGACAAAUGCGAACUACUUAAAUUAGGGCUCACUGUCGAGGGUGGUGGUAUCUUUACAGAAAGAAUCCACUAAUUAGACAUGAGUGGAUGUCCACAGCAAAAGCAAGCACUUGUAAUUGGGGGGAUCAGAGAAGGUAAGAGGUCACAUUGCAGACAAGGAAGCUGGAUUUAACAUGCUUGUGACUUCAAGUGAAGUUGAAGACUUAACAUGCUGCAAUUACAGUUAAAAGAUGUGGGGAAGUUGAGGCUAUGGCAGGGCUGCCAGGGAGAACCCUCACUGCACUGUUGCACCUCCAGUGAACCCAGCUCAAGAGCAGCUCAGGAGGGAGCUUUUGCAGGUUCACAGAAGUGCAUUACAAUGACUGAAGGAUGUAAAAGCAGUGACAGCAAGGCCUGCUCCCCUGAAGUGUGAAGGUGCUGGAGGGAUAUGGUGGGAACACCCAGCACCCACUCCACAUGCCAGCACAGUGCCCUGCAGCUCCUCCCACAGCAGUGUACUGAGGUGACACAGAGACCACAAGUCCAGCAUGAUGCAAACCCAGGAGUGUGGCUAAGGAGCACAUUGGCAGAGAUACUGGAUGGGUGACACAGGCAGUGCACAGUGACAUACAGGGUUCCAUACCUUCACUGUGCAGCAUAAGGAAGGGGAUGAACGAAGUGCAGUGGCUCCUCCAGCCUCCUUCCCUCCACAGGAACAUCUUCCUGCUGAUCCCUGAUGGGAGAGCCUCCGUGCCAGCAGCAUGUACGCUAUGAGCUUUCAUAGUGUUGUUUUCCAACUGCCUAGAAAACAGUCAUGCAUCCAGCCUGAGCCACUGACCUUUCUUCUGCGCUGAGGCAGAAGUCGCUGUCACUCUGAUUAACUCUGCUAAUUCCACAGAACAAAAGGCAAGGAAACCUUCACGCUCAGCUCUCCUGACCCAUGCUGCUGAGCUGAUCAAAGGGCAGAGCUGCCAGAGCUGUGCUCUGACAGGGAGCUGCUCCCCCACAUGUACAAGGACAUGGUGGUUUAUCGUGGUUUUGUCACCUACUGCAGCGUGAUAUGCGGGAGAGCAGAGAUGAGCCGGGUUUCCCAGGAUGUGCAGCCCACAGUGAGGCUGGAUUUCAGAAGGGCUUUGCCUGUAGCAACAGGCACGUUGAUGGUUUUGGCUGGAUAUUCAAAGGACUUCAGCUCAGCAGCCAGUAUGACCCAGCACGUCCGACUCCUUUUGAAUAUCCGGCUGUUUGUUACAGAGCCUAAGUGGGAGCUGAGCUCCUUUGAAAACCCAGCUAUAAUGUAAUAGGACACGCUUGACUCAGACUCUUUCCAGACAGACCGACCUACUCCGUGUGGCUGAUCUCAUCUCGUGACAUAAACACACGGUUGUGCCAACACCGUGAGUCGUGGUGUAUCUCACUGAGCAGUCGUUCUGCACCCGCCGGGAUCAGAGAGUGGAUUUUUGAGGAGGAUACAACACCUCCUAUUUUGGUUUUGAAGCCAACAUCUAACAAGUAGGGAUAUCAGCAGGACCAUCACGGGGCCCAGUAUUGAUGCCAGGCUGGCAGCUGGACUGUCUGGGCUACAGCCCAGGCACAGUGUAAGGCACAAGCCUGGGGAUUUCAAAACCCUAGUCUUGCCUGGGAUGGUUUAAACCCAUCCACGCAUCUCACUUGUCCUCAGAGUCUGAAAGUCUUCUGUAACAUGCCUGAACUUGCUCACACUGGCAAACAGCUCCAAGAUCUGCCGGGGGAAGUCUGCCAAGCGUUAUAAAGCUCCCUGUGCCCCUGUAAUGUCAGGGGAUGGUUGUACAGGAGAAGCUGCUUUGUGCCGUGUGCUUUUCUCCAGAGGUCGCUGGCAGGUCGCCUGCUCCAUGCCCAGCAGGCCAACUCCACAGGGGCACCAACGCACGGAGAUACAGCCACAAGUAUGGGCUGCAGCCAGGAUAACUGGCUAAAGCUGGCUCCACAGUGCUGGGAAUGCUUCCUGGCCAGUUCUGCUCCAGUGGAAUGCAGAGUGACUCCAGUUUCAGGCUGGGGUGCCUGGCAGAAGGGUCACUGGCACCUUCAGCAGCAGGUUCAGUGUGCCACAGGCCCACAAUAACCCCCUGCCCACAGGUCUGCCACACUGCUGAGCACCACGCUGGCCCUUGGAGCUGCAGCCAAGUUCAGAACACCUUGGGCUAGUGCUGACUGGCUUCUCCCAGGAAAUGCCUACCCCAGAUACCCUGAGCAGUGUCCUUGCUUUCUGAAUGGUGGCUUUUCACUAGCAAUUAAAGAAUGUGUGUUGGAGAGGAGAAAAGGCUAAUAAAAGAUUUGUUGAAAGGA